AUGGCUGCACUCCUGAACAGCAUACUCACCGUGAUCAAGGUGUUCCAGAAGUAUGCUAAAGAGGACGGGGACUGUGCUCUGCUGUGCAAGAAGGAGUUGAAGCAGCUGCUCUUGGCUGAGUUUGGAAACAUCCUCCGGAGACCAAAUGACCCAGAGACUGUGGAAACCAUCCUGAACCUCUUGGAUAAAGACAGAAAUGGACAUGUGGAUUUUCAUGAAUUUCUCUUGCUGGUGUUCCAGUUGGUCCAAGCUUGCUAUCAUAAGGAGGAAAAUAAGUCAUGUGGAGGUAGAACCUCCCAGCAAGAAGGAGAGCAGGAGGGAACACAAGACCAUGGCUUUCCAGGAAAUACAGGCAGACAACAUAGGCAGAGGCAUGAGGAAGAAAGGCAGGACUCCCACCACCGUCAGUCUGAGAGACAAGACGGGGACUCCCACCAUGGUCAGUCUGAGAGACGGGGUCAGGAUUCACACCAUGGUCAGUCUGAGAGACAGGGUCAGGACUCCCACCAUAGUCAGUCUGAGAGAAAGGAUCAGGACUCCCACCAUGGUCAGUCUGAGAGACAAGAUAGGGACUCCCACCAUGGUCAGUCUGAGAGACAGGAUCAGGACUCCAGCUCUGAUAAAAAACUGAAUCAUAAAUCUAGCAGUGACCAGACUAAAAGAGAAGGAUAUUUAUUUGCUUUAAAUCAGUAUGAGACACAAGUUCAGGAUUCUCAUAAUGGCUGGUCUGAAGGGCUUAGACAACAACAAAGCCAGCCUAGAAAACUUAGAGAGGAUUCAUGCUGUAGCCAAAGAAACCAACAGGACUCAGGCUCUUAUUAUGGGCAUUCUGCAAGCCUGGGCCAGCAUUCCCACUAUGGACAGGCAGACAGACAAGGCCAGAGUUCUCACUAUGGACAGGCAGACAGACAAGGCCAGAUAUCCCACUAUGGUCAGGCAGACAGACAAGGCCAGAUAUCCCACUAUGAACAGGCAGACAGACAAGGCCAGAGUUCUCACUAUGGACAGGCAGACAGACAAGGUCAGAGUUCCCACUAUGGACAGGCAGACAGACAAGGCCAGAUAUCCCACUAUGGACAGGUAGACAGACAAGGCCAGAGUUCCCACUAUGGACAGGCAGACAGACAAGGCCAGAGUUCCCACUAUGGACAGGCAGACAGACAAGGCCAGAGUUCUCACUAUGGACAGGCAGACAGACAAGGCCAGAUAUCCCACUAUGGUCAGGCAGACAGACAAGGCCAGAGUUCUCACUAUGGACAGGCAGACAGACAAGGCCAGAGUUCCCACUAUGGUCAGGCAGGCAGACAAGGCCAGAGUUCCCACUAUGGUCAGACAGACAGACAAGGCCAGAGUUCUCACUAUGGACAGGCAGACAGACAAGGCCAGAGUUCCCACUAUGGUCAGGCAGGCAGACAAGGCCAGAGUUCCCACUAUGGACAGGCAGACAGACAAGGCCAGAUAUCCCACUAUGGACAGGUAGACAGACAAGGCCAGAGUUCCCACUAUGGACAGGCAGACAGACAAGGCCAGAGUUCCCACUAUGGUCAGGGAGACAGACAAGGCCAGAGUUUCCACUAUGGUCAGGCAGACAGGCAAGGCCAGAGUUCCCACUAUGGACAGGCAGACAGACAAGGCCAGAGUUCCCACUAUGGUCAGGCAGACAGGCAAGGCCAGAGUUCCCACUAUGGUCAGGCAGACAGGCAAGGCCAGAGUUCCCACUAUAGUCAGGCAGACAGGCAAGGCCUGAGCUCUCAAUGCAGUCAGUCAGAAUCUGGGGAAACUGGGCAAAAUAGGUGCUUCCAGGGGAAUGACCGAACAAGCAGAGGCUCAUAUGUUGAGCAAUCAGGAAGGUCAGGGAGAUCCAGUCAACAGACUCAAGGACAAAAAGUGAACCAAAAUCAGGGACAGAGAUUUCAGUCUAGGGUAGAGAACAGUCACCGGGCAUGGGAGCCUGAGGAGGAUAGCCAACACCACCAACACAAACUCGUAGCACCAAUUCAGCAGGAAAGGCCACACUCUAACAAAGGGAGUGACAGGCAAUCAUGCAGUAGUGAGCAGGGUCACAGAGAGGCCCAGACCAAGGAGAGUCAAGGUGAGGGGCAGAGCCACCAGGCAGAGGAAGAGAAGGGUCACCAAAUUGGGGGUAGACAUGGUCAUGAGGGUCAGGAAACUCCACGUGAGUCACGGGACAGGCCAACCCAUGAAGAGGAACAAAACCAUCAGACACGGGACAGGCAAACCCAUGAAGAUGAGCAGAAGCGCCAGAGACGAGACAAGCAACCUCAUGAAGAAGAUCAAAACUGUCAGCAACAACGGGAUAGGCAAACCCAUGAGAAGAAAGAGAGAGAUCAAGGGUCCCAGGAUCGACAAUCCCAUGGAACCCAGCGAGGCUAUCCUAACAGAGAAAAUUUCUACAUGAAUGAGGAUGACCAGAGCCAAGGCUCCCAGGGAAGACACAGUGACCUGGCCUUCCAUCCAACCCAGAGCAGUGGGCGGCCCCACAGAAGAGAAGAGGGUGGAAGCCACCCUACCAAGGCAGUGAUUGCUCCCAACCCCCUCUAUGACUAUCUACAAGAGCAGAGAGAGCAGUGGCAGUAGGCCUUAUUGCAGAACAGAGC